UAUUGCAAAUAUUUAACUCAUUCGUGAUUGUGGUCGCAACGCUUGCAGUUUAGCUGCUCAGUAUUAUGGAAGAAAGCUCACAGCGUGAUCGCGAGCAGCGCCCGAUAGCCUCUUUCGUGUUGCUCAAAAUAAAAACAAAAAACGACGAAAUAAAUGGUUCACCUUUAAACGAUUCCAGCAUUGCGAUUGAUGAGUUUUGUAUGUACGGCAUUUCCAUAAACCAACUCGAAGCGGAAACAAAGAAAAGUAUUAACAGUGUAACGGAAUUAGUGAUACCAAAAAAACCGCGUAUUUUGCAUAAGUUGUCAAUUAAACAAAAAAUUGGACCCAACAACGAUUCAUUUAAUGAAGACUCGGGCAAUGCUUUCAUCAGCUUCAUAGCGCAUAUGCGAAAACCUACUUGUCUGGUUGCAGAUCGUGGCAAUGAGUUCUGUUUUCCAAUUAUCAAACACAAACUGGACGAAUUACAAUUGAAAAUGCCGCCCAAUACACUAUGCAUGGACGCUACAUGUGCUUUUGCAGAUAUAGAUGAACAUACAAAGACUGAGUCUUCAGAAGCCGACAUAUUUAACCAAAGGAUAUUUGAAAUGUGUGAUGAACCGACAGUAAAUAUGAACAAUUCUGAUAACCGAAACGAACGGAGAAAUUCUGAAUCUUCAGAAAGUGUGAAGUUUAAACAUGGUGAUGACCCGACAGUAAAUUUUGACAAUGCAGAGAACCAACCAGAGACAGUACUUACACUUGCAGAACGGCUCGCUGCUGAAACAAAAACCAACUGGCAAGCAGAUAAUGAAUGCACACCUAAUCAAAAAAUCAUUAGGGGCGUCAUACGUCGUCCAUCAAACGAUUCAACGCCUACAACAUCUACAGCCGCACUGCACAAAAUUGAAAGAAAAAAGUUUGCAAGCGAUAUCAAUAAAAGUUAUGAUUUACCGGAUAUGUAUGACGGUAACAAAGAAAGGAUGUCUGAAUAUUUAGAAAACGAUAUAUUUAACCAAAGGAUAUUUGAACUUUGUGAUGAACCGACAGUAAAUGUUGACAAUGCAGAGAACCAACCAGAGACAGUACUAACACUUCAAGAACGUCUCGAUACUGAAACAAAAACCAACUGGCAAGCAGAUAAUGAAUGUACACCUACUCAAAAAAUCGAAAGGGGCGUCAAACGUCGUCCAUCAAACGAUUCAACGCCUACAACAUCUACAGCCGCACUGCAGAAAAUUGAAAGAAAAAAGUUUGCAAGCGAUAUCAAUAAAAGUUAUGAUUUACCGGAUAUGUAUGACGGUAACAAAGAAAGGAUGUCUGAAUAUUUAGAAAACGAUAUAUUUAACCAAAGGAUAUUUGAACUUUGUGAUGAACCGACAGUAAAUGUUGACAAUGCAGAGAACCAACCAGAGACAGUACUAACACUUCAAGAACGUCUCGAUACUGAAACAAAAACCAACUGGCAAGCAGAUAAUGAAUGUACACCUACUCAAAAAAUCGAAAGGGGCGUCAAACGUCGUCCAUCAAACGAUUCAACGCCUACAACAUCUAUAGCCGCACUGCACAAAAUUGAAAGAAAAAAGUUUGCAAGCGAUAUCAAUAAAAGUUAUGAUUUACCGGAUAUGUAUGACGGUAACAAAGAAAGGAUGUCUGAAUAUUUAGAAAACGAUAUAUUUAACCAAAGGAUAUUUGAACUUUGUGAUGAACCGACAGUAAAUGUUGACAAGGCAGAGAACCAACCAGAGACAGUACUAACACUUUCAGAACGUCUCGAUACUGAAACAAAAACCAACUGGCAAGCAGAUAAUGUAUGCACACUUACUCAAAAAAUCGUUAGGGGCGUCAUACGUCGUCCAUCAAACGAUUCAACGCCUACAACAUUUACAGCCGCACUGCACAAAAUUGAAAGAAAAAAGUUUGCAAGCGAUAUCAAUAAAAGUUAUGAUUUACCGGAUAUGUAUGACGGAAACAAAGAAAGGAUGUCUGAAUAUUUAGAAAACGAGAUAUUUAACCAAAGGAUAUUUGAACUUUGUGAUGAACCGACAGUAAAUGUUGACAAGGUAGAGAACCAACCAGAGACAGUACUAACACUUUCAGAACGUUUCGAUGCUGAAACAGAAACCGCCCAAUGGCGGGAUGGUAACGAAACCACACCUGCUAAAAAAAUCGUUCCGGGCAUCAAACGUCAUCAAUCAAACGAUUCAACGCCUACAACAUCUACAGCCGCACUGCGAAAAGUUAGACGAAAACUAUUUGUAACUGAACAAAAUACCAAUAAGAGUUAUGAUUUAGCAGAUAUGUAUGAAAGAAUUUUUAAAGUUAAUUAUAGAAGAGAGACAUCUGCUGAAGCUAAUGUGGCGGCUCUAUUGCAUUUAAUAGAAGUAUAUAGAGGGCAUUUUUAUGAAUAUGCAAACAAUCAUGCAUUCCCUUUCGAGGAAAUAUUAGUGGGUACCACCAUUCAACAGGAACUGAAAUCGAAUCCAGUUUGCGACGAACAAUUUUAAGCAUUUCUUGCACUUUCACAAGAUGUUGUACAGAAUAUAAUUACAUAUAUUUUUUCACCUAACGGUUAUUUGUAACCCCUAAACUAAAUAAGUUGACGAAAAGAUUUGAAAUCCGGUUGUCUGGCUGUUCGUCGUCCGUGCAAGCGGUAACUAGAAUAAGAAUUGAGACAUCUUAAUGUAACUUGACACACGUGUUCCUUGGCAAAACUACUAACCAAAAUAACGGAGAAUAACCACACCCACUCAACGACUGAAGCAUGCAUUUUUCAAUAACGAUGAUAACGAAAAGUUGCAUUCAAAUUGGUAUUAAAAUUGAACAAUUGGCGAGACACCGUUCUCAUUUGGGUCAAUUAGUACAUAGUAAUUAGUACUUGUUAUUUGAAAGUUACAGUUUGAAAAUGGAAAUAUGACAUAAUUUUAACAUACGUUUAAACUCUAAUUGAUUGUUUAUCUUUACAAUAUAAGUAUGUAUAUCUCAAUUUAAUCCAUGUAAAUCAAAUCCAAAUGGAACCAAUAAAACAUAUCGGAAAUAAACUCCUUACAAAUUACUAGAUGGAAGGUGUACCACGGUUCGUCUAGGAUUUGUCAAAAUUAUAACCUUUCAAGGUCCCAGAUACCGAUACCGAUUAUAAGGCUAUCGCUGACUUUCUCGGUAACACUCUCAGAUAUUGUAAAGAAAUUCAGAGGGAAUUUCGUCCUGGCAAAUUGCAAGAGUAUAAAUAAAAGUUUCAUUAAUUUCGUCAUUCUAAACAUCAGUAAUAUUUUUUCCAUUUCUUUUAAACUUUUUCGAACCUCUUCUCUUAUCUGUUUGCUCAUAUAAUGCCAGAGUUCUCAAUUGGAUUGAAAUCUCUAUAGUUUCCUGCUCACGAGAGAGGCUCAACUCAAUAACAAUCUUUUGAUUUUAUUACCUGUAAGUUCUGCUAAUGGUGAGUAAACCGUGUGCUUUGAGGAGGCAAAAUACAGCUUUCCAUGCAACGCUCUCCUUUCCUACAACGUACUGUGGCAUUUCCGUCGCGACCAAACAAAUUAAAUUUAGUUUCGCCGUUAAAAAUAAUAUUUCCCCAGUCUGAUGCAGUCCAAGAUUCGUGACAUUUUGCCACUAUGGCUAGGACAUCAUGCUCGUAAUCCAAAAUAAUUUAAAGAAAAGUGUGGAUUGAUUUAUUACGUUUUGAAUAUCCUAUUGCUUGAAAAUUGUAUGAAAUGGUGAUCUUGCGGACGUACCUACUAUUUCCUAUUUAUUUCUCUACAAAAAAAUCCAUCAUUCCUAGUAAUCUUAUGAUAUUGGGUACACAACCUAUUGCAUAAUAUAUUUUUUAUCAUCAUUAUCUGAACAUUCAACUCGUUACCAUUUCCACAGCUUACAUACAUAUCUUCAUUUUCAAAAAACUCAUCUUCACCAAUUUUCGAAGAUUCUUCGCCUUCUUAUUUAUAUCUUAUAAUGUUUAUUUAUUUAUCACAAUGAAAUACUUAAAUCUACUUUCCAAAUCUUUCAUGUGUUUUCGGAUUUCGCCACAAACGGACGGACAGACAGACAUCCGGAUUUGAACUCCACUCUUCACCCUGAUCACUUUGGUAUAUAUAACCCUACAUCUGGGUGUUACAAACAACCGCUAAGUGAACAAAAUUAUUAUACUCCUUAGCAAUUUUGUUGCGAGAGUAUAAAAGUACCAUGGUAUGCAUGUAUUUUUAUAAAGCAACUUGAUGAAGUGUGGAUUCAUUUAGAUUACAACAAUCUAAUUAGUUAAUUUGUUUUUCCUGUUGAUCGAUAAAGUAGUCAAGUAUCUAUACAAAACUUUUAACUUUUUACCAUUCCAUAAAUCGUACAUUUAAUUCCGGUUGAUAAGGUCUAAAAAAAAAACAAACAACAAGUUUUAAAUUUUUUUGUACAUAUCAUCGAAAAAAGGACUUUUAAACUCAGAUACACAUUGGAUCGCGCCUAGUAUACACGCGCACUCGGCCGCAAAAUAUAAAAUGCAUUGUCAUUCUUAUUUGGCAAUUUGUUCAGUGCUCGCAAAGUUAAGCUUUUUAUCCAAUAUUCAUUAGUCAUCCUGUAAAUGAUGCGAUAUUUUUUAUAACAACAAGUAAGGAAAUGCUAAGUUCGGGUGCAUAUGUAUAUGCAGUAUAAAGCCUACCGGAAGUCGCUUUGGAACUCGCUUGGUGUACACCAGAGAACGGCAUCGGCUGAAUGAAAAACAUUCGUACGCGCUCAACAGCCGAAUAAUCACACUGUUCGGAUCAGCCGAUCAAACUUGCAUGCGCUCACAUUUUCGUUGUUGAUUUUAAAUUCACUCUGUACACUCUGUACACACCCGAUCUUGCAAUCGUGUUUCUGGUCGUAACGCUCGCAGUUUAGCUGCUCAGUGUUAUGGAAGAAAGCUCAAAGCAUGAUCGCGAGCAGCACACGAUAGCCUCUUUCGUGUUGCUCAAUAUAAACACAAAAAACGACGAAAUAAAUGGUUCACCUUUAAACGAUUCCAGCAUUGUGAUUGAUGAGUUUUGUAUGUACGGCAUUUCCAUAAACCAACUCGAAGCGGAAGCAAAGGAAAGUAUAAACAGUGGAACGGAAUUAGUGAUACCAGAAGAACCGCGUAUUUUGCAUAAGUUGUCAAUCAAACAAAAAAUUGGACCCAACAACGAUUCAUUUAAUGAAGACUCGGGCAAUGCUUUCAUCAGCUUCAUUGCACAUAUGCGAAAACCUACUUGUCUGGUUGCAGAUCGUGGGAAUGCGUUUUGUUUUCCAAUAAUCAAACGCAAACUGGACGAAUUACAAUUGAGCCUUCCGUGUGACAUCCUGUGUGUGGAUUUUUUUCUGGCAUUUCGGAUUUUGGAUCAACAAAUGAAAAAAGAGUCUUCAGCUGCCGACAUAUUUAAUUUCUGUAUUUCUCGCACUAAUAAAGAGCAACCCGUUAUAAUAUUAUUCGAUUCUGAUAACCCAUAAGAGAAAAACGCUUUGGAACUCGCUUGGUGUACACACCACAUUCUGUAAAAAUUUAACUCAUUUGUGAUUGUGGUCGCAACGCUCGCAAUUUAGCUGCUCAGUAUUAUGGAAGAAAGCUCUCAGCGUGAUUGCGAGCAGCGCACGAUAGCCUCUUUCGUGUUGCUCAAAAAAAAAACAAAAAACGACGAAAUAAAAGGUUCACCUUUAAACGAUUCCAGCAUUGCAAUUAAUGAAUUUUGUAUGUACGGGUUUCCCACAAACCAACUCGAAGCGGAAACAAAGAAAAGUAUUAACAGUGCAACGAAAUUAGUGAUACCAAAAAAACCGCGUAUUUUGCAUAAGUUGUCAAUUAAACAAAAAAUUGGACCCAACAACGAUUCAUUUAAUGAAGACUCGGGCAAUGCUUUCAUCAGCUUCAUUGCACAUAUGCGAAAACCUACUUGUCUGAUUGCAGAUCGUGGCAAUGAGUUCUGUUUUCCAAUUAUCAAACAUAAACUGGACGAAUUACAAUUGAAAAUGCCGCCUAAUACACUGUGCAUGGACGCUACAUGUGCUUUUCGAGAUAUAAAUGAACAUACAACCGAUGAGUCUGUACAAGACGACAUAUUUAACGAAAAGAUAUUUAAACAUUGUGAUGACCCGACAUCAAAUGUGGACAAUGCUGAUAACCGAAACGAACGGAGGACUUCUGAAUCUUCACACAGCGAGAUAUUCAAACAUUGUGAUGACCCGACAAUAAAUGUGGGCAACGAGGAAAACCAAAACAAACAGAUGAGAUCAAAAUCUUUAUACAGUGAAAUAGUUACUCAAAGGGUAUUCCAACUUUCGAAUUCACCGACAGCAAAUGUUGACAAUGCUGAUAACCGAAACGAACGGCGGACAUCUGAAUGUGUGAUGAGAUCUCAAUCUUUAGACUGCGAGAUAUUUGAGGAAAGGAUAUUCGAAUUUUGUAAUGAGCCGACAAUAAAUGUAGACAAUGCUGAUAACCGAAACGAACGGAGGACUUCCGAAUGUUCGGAACGCGAGAUAUUUAACGAAAGGAUAUUCCAACGUUGUGAUGAACCGACAACAAAUGGGUACAAUCUUAAUAACCGAAACGAACGGAGGACUUCCGAUUCUUUAGAAAGCGAGAUAUUCAAACAUUGUGAGGACCCGACAUCAAAUGUGGACAAUGCCGAUAACCGAAACGAACGGAGGACUUCUGAAUAUGCAGAAAGCGAGAUAUUUAACCAAAGGAUAGUUGAACUGUGCGAUGAUCCGACACCAAAUGUGGACAAUGCUGAUAACAGAAAGGAACAGAGGACUUCUGAAUAUACAGAAAGCGAGAUAUUGAACCAAAGGAUAGUUGAACUGUGUGAUGAUCCGACAUCAAAUGUGGACAAUGCGGAUAACAGAAACGAACAGAGGACUUUUGAAUAUGCAGAAAGCGAGAUAUUUAACCAAAGAAUAGUUGAACUGUGCGAUGAUCCGACAUCAAAUGUGGCCAAUGCUGAUAACAGAAACGAACAGAGGACUUCUGAAUAUGCAGAAAGCGAGAUAUUUAACCAAAGGAUAGUUGAACUGUGCGAUGAUCCGACAUCAAAUGUGGACAAUGCUGAUAACAGAAACGAACAGAGGACUUCUGAAUAUGCAGAAAGUGAGAUAUUUUACCAAAGAAUAGUUGAACUGUGUGAUGAUCCGACAUCAAAUGUGGCCAAUGCUAAUAACCAAAACGAACGAAGGACUUCUCAACAUUCAGAAAGUGAGAUAUUUAAUCAUAGGAUUUUCGAACUUUGUGAUGAUCCGACAUCAAAUGUAGUCAAUGCUGAUAACCGAAACGAACAGAGGACUUCUGAAUCUUCAGAAAGUGAGAUAUUUAAGCACUGUGAUGACCCGACAGUAAAUGUAGACAAUGCUGAUCACCGAAACGAACGGAGGACUUCUCAACAUUCAGAAAGUGAGAUAUUUAAUCAUAGGAUAUUCGAACUUUGUGAUGAUCCGACAUCAAAUGUAGUCAAUGCUGAUAACCGAAACGAACAGAGGAGUUCUGAAUCUUCAGAAAGUGAGAUAUUUAAGCACUGUGAUGACCCGACAGUAAAUGUAGACAAUGCUGAUCACCGAAACGAACGGAGGACUUCUCAACAUUCAGAAAGUGAGAUAUUUAAUCAUAGGAUAUUCGAACUUUGUGAUGAUCCGACAUCAAAUGUAGUCAAUGCUGAUCACCGAAACGAACGGAGGACUUCUCAACAUUCAGAAAGUGAGAUAUUUAAUCAUAGGAUAUUCGAACUUUGUGAUGAUCCGACAUCAAAUGUAGUCAAUGCUGAUAACCGAAACGAACAGAGGAGUUCUGAAUCUUCAGAAAGUGAGAUAUUUAAGCACUGUGAUGACCCGACAGUAAAUGUAGACAAUGCUGAUCACCGAAACGAACGGAGGACUUCUCAACAUUCAGAAAGUGAGAUAUUUAAUCAUAGGAUAUUCGAACUUUGUGAUGAUCCGACAUCAAAUGUAGUCAAUGCUGAUCACCGAAACGAACGGAGGACUUCUCAACAUUCAGAAAGUGAGAUAUUUAAUCAUAGGAUAUUCGAACUUUGUGAUGAUCCGACAUCAAAUGUAGUCAAUGCUGAUAACCGAAACGAACAGAGGAGUUCUGAAUCUUCAGAAAGUGAGAUAUUUAAGCACUGUGAUGACCCGACAGUAAAUGUAGACAAUGCUGAUCACCGAAACGAACGGAGGACUUCUCAACAUUCAGAAAGUGAGAUAUUUAAUCAUAGGAUAUUCGAACUUUGUGAUGAUCCGACAUCAAAUGUAGUCAAUGCUGAUAACCGAAACGAACAGAGGAGUUCUGAAUCUUCAGAAAGUGAGAUAUUUAAGCACUGUGAUGACCCGACAGUAAAUGUAGACAAUGCUGAUCACCGAAACGAACGGAGGACUUCUCAACAUUCAGAAAGUGAGAUAUUUAAUCAUAGGAUAUUCGAACUUUGUGAUGAUCCGACAUCAAAUGUAGUCAAUGCUGAUCACCGAAACGAACGGAGGACUUCUCAACAUUCAGAAAGUGAGAUAUUUAAUCAUAGGAUAUUCGAACUUUGUGAUGAUCCGACAUCAAAUGUAGUCAAUGCUGAUAACCGAAACGAACAGAGGAGUUCUGAAUCUUCAGAAAGUGAGAUAUUUAAGCACUGUGAUGACCCGACAGUAAAUGUAGACAAUGCUGAUCACCGAAACGAACGGAGGACUUCUCAACAUUCAGAAAGUGAGAUAUUUAAUCAUAGGAUAUUCGAACUUUGUGAUGAACCGACAGUAAAUGUGGACAAUGCUGAUAGCCGGAACGAAGAGAGGACUUCUGAAUCUACAGAACGCGAGAUAUUUAAACAUUGUGAUGACCCUAGAGUAAAUGUGAACAAAGCGGAGAACAAACCAGAGACAAUACUAUCACUUACAGAACAGCUGGUUGCUGAAACAAAAACCAAUUGGCAAGCACGUAACGAAACCACACAUA